CACUAAUCUAGGCUGAAAGUGGUUAGAAAUUAAGUCUUUUAAGACAGAUUCCUCAGACUGUAAACUUGUUUUGUAUGAAGGAACAACAGAGAAUACAAUAACAUGGCAGCUGCAGCAAAGUGGAUUUACACUCUUGUGCUUUUAAGUGACUUAAUCGAUGGACAGAUUACAACAGAUGCAACUACAGCUGCUGAAAGAAGUACAGAAACUGAGACAUCUACAACACCUCUACAAUCAACAAUUAUAUCACAAAUCAUUACAGCUACUCCAGAAAUAACAAACAUCAUGACACAAACAGCUACUAACACGUCCACUCAAUCUUUAACAGGUGAAUCCACAACAUCAACAAUGGCUGUCAAUUCCACAACAGAAACUACUGCAGCAACAUCUCCUGGAAUGAAUCCUAACAAUGAGACAUCUACAACACCACUACAAUCAAUUACUACAUCACUAAUCUUCACAAAUACUUUGAGAAAUACAAGCAUGGUGAUACCAAAGGCUACUGACACGUCCACUCAAACUUUAACAGCUGAAUCCACAACAUCGACAAUGGCUGUCAAUUCCACAGCAACAGAACCUGCUGAAACAACAGCUCCUAGAAUGAAUUCUAACACUGAGACAUCUACAACAGCUGUUUUGAGAAUAACAAACACAGUGAUUCCAAUAUUUCCUGACAUGUCCACUCAAGCUUUAACAGGUGAAUCCACAACAUCUAUAAUGGCUGUCAGUUCCACUGCGAAAGAACCUGGAACAAAUAGUACAGCAGACUCAACAUCUACAGGGAGCACCGAUCAGACAUCAACUACUGAAUCUACAGACAGAGCCGAAGCAUCAACAGUUACCUCACUGUCAUCGGCAAGCAUGCCUACAGCCCCUGCCUUGAUAUCAAUGCCAGGAACAAGCAGUACAGCAGAGUCAACAUCUACAGGAAGCACCGAUCAGACUUCAACAACUGAAUCUACAGAUAGAGCCGAAGUAUCAACAGUUAUCUCAACGUUAUCAGCAAGCAUUACGUCGUUUGUUUCAGGAAUAAAUCAAAGUACUGAGACAUCUACAGCACCUUCUCAGUCGUCAACUACCAGACCAAUCUUCAUAACAAGUACAGCAGACACAAUGACACCAUCAACUGCUGACAUCUCCACCCAACCUUUAACAAGUGAAUCCACAACGUCUACAACAACGGCUGUCAGUUCCACAACAACAGAACCUGACAUCGAUGAAUGUGCAACCAACACAUCAAACUGUCAGCAAAUCUGCAUCAACACAAAUGGAGGCUACACCUGCAAAUGUAGGAAUGGUUUCACUGUCAACCAAGCCAACAACACCCUUUGUGAUGACAUUGAUGAAUGUGCAGGAUACACACAUAAUUGUCAACAACUCUGCAUCAACACGGUUGGAAGCUACGUGUGCAGAUGUUUGACUGGCUUCACAGUAAUUGACAACUAUUGUACUGAUGUCAAUGAAUGUGCCACAAACACAUCAAACUGUGAUCAAACCUGCAUCAACACAUACGGAAGCUUCAUGUGCCUAUGUAAUCCUGGCUUCAGCAAUGACUUGACCAAUCCUUCGUUUUGCGAUGUACAACUUAAAAUUAUUCUACGGGUAACUGUCACAAGCGAGCAUCUGGAUUUGGCUGAUGAACAAAUCAGAAAGAAGGUUUUCCUACAUCUCCAAGAAUAUGCUACAUGGGUUGCUUCUUAUUUUCACAGCAUGUACCAAAACGGAACCAUUCUGGUACUGAACUGAUGGCAAAGAGAAGUUGUGCCCAGGAGAUCUAAGUAUAUAGACAGAAACGGAACAAAUAGAAUAUGUUGAAUGACAUUUUGUAAUAUGUUGAAUGGCAUACCUGUGCAAUGUGUACAUAAUUCUAUGAUAGUAAUAGCAUGUGAAAGGAGAAGUUCAACCUUUCUUGUUAGGAGGGAACAACUGGAUGGACCUUGGCUGUUAGUUGUACUUCCCUCCACACAAUGAAGUCAACAGAGCUAAAUGUGUGAGGGAAGAAUAAGAUUAGAUUUGAUUGAUUAGCUGUAUUUGCCACAUAUACAUCAAAACAUACAGUGAAAGGCGCUGUUUGCAUCAACAACCAACACAAUCCAAAGAGGUACUGGGGCAACCCAUAUGUGUUGUUACACUUCCCGCGCCAACAUAGUAUGUCCAGUAUUUGGUAACCCUAGCCCUUACAUCUUUGGAAUAUGGAAGGAAAGUCAUGCAGUCAUGGGGAAAAUAGUCAAAUUACUUACAGACAGCAACGGAACUGAACCCCAGUAAAGCGUUAGGAUAACCGCUACAUUCCCAUGUCACCUCAAUACAAGAGCUGACUGCACUCUACUGGAAUCACCAAAGAGUAAUUUCACCAAUGUAUAUUCUGCCUGAUAUUGCUUGGGAAUGAGAAUGUAAGUGUCAUUCUCUGCUUCAUCUUGUUAUUUUAUAAUUACUGCUAUUUAUCAUUUACAUUUUCUAUAAUAUUAUACUGUAUUUGAAGUAAAAUUGUAUUUACUAUAUAUACUCAGCAUAAGAAUAUAUCGUGAUUUUAGCAAAAAUAAUGGGCCUAGAAAUAUAGUUCUGCCAGAAUUUGGAGUGAAUUUGAGUCACACGCACUGAUUGAUAUUUUCAUGUGCAAUGCAACCACUACUAAUGGCAAGUAAACUCUGCUCAGGCUUCCAGCCGGGUUCAAGUAUCAAUUAUAACCGACAUUUUGAUGACAAACUCCACUAUCUUCAUCAGGGAAGAUGCCACAGCAUGUCUAGUCCAGUGGUAUUUAUACACCCGUGGUAUAAUGAACUAUAUGUGCCCUGGCAUCAUCCCUGAUGAAGAUGGUAGAGUUUGUCAUCAAAACAUUGAUUAUAAUUGAUACCUGUAUCCAACGGAGAGCCUGAAAGGAGUUUAAUUGUCAUAUACACCUGGAAAGCACGAGACCCUUUUGUAGUACGAAUGGGUUCACUUGGCAAUGUUAGUGAUAAAAUUCUUAGGUAUGGCAUUUUUGGUUUUGAUUCCAGGCAUGGUUAAGACAGACAUUCCUUCCCGAGGAACAUCAGGUGCUUUCACUACCCCCACUGUCAGUAAGAGUAAGCUGCAUUUGGAAGACCUCAGCAUUAUUUGGAUACCAGGUGCAUUGUUUAGGUACUCAGUCAGCGUAGAGCUAGUGCGUCAUAUUCACAACUGCCAUCUGGCUGAUUGGGAUGAUCAAAGUUUAGAGAACAUUUCUGUAUAUCAUGCACUGAACCAGGAAACAGGGUCACUGUGCAGUAGUGAGUUGAGUGCAGGUGAUCAGUUGUUUCUGCAUUACAGAUGAUUGUCUUUGGCAAGAGGUGGCUGUUGAAACAAGAUUGUACUGUGGCUUUGAGAGAUUGAAUUAUGUUAAUAACACUGUUGCUUCAAGACAAAUGUCAAUGGCAGAACUAAAAGUUAACAAUGUAUAUUACACUUUACAAUAUUUACAUUAAUUGCUUGUGAUUUGGAAUAAGAUUAUUUUUGUCAAAAAUAUACUUUGUUGAUAAAUUAUAACAGAAUUAGAACAUGUCAUUAUCUUCAUUCACUGUAUCAUAUAAUUCAAUACAUUCAUUCUCAAUGUGUCAAUGAGAAUCUUUCA